AUGUCUGAUUACUCCCCUGAAGAAGUACGCGGGAGCUCGCAACUCUCGUGGUCCGAUUGGGAUGAGUUGCCAGAUCGACUGGACGUCGAGUUUCCUCCAGAAUUCAAUUUACCCAGUACUCAAACCCCAAUCUCGGGCCACCAAGGGCAGCAUCUCGAAAUCGCUGGAUACCACAAUGGCGUCCCUGAAGGAGCGCAAUUUCAUACACGUAGUGUUAUGGGUCACCAUGCCAACGAAUUUGCGACAUCAGCUGCUCCGCCUGUGGUCUUCACUGAAGCCAACCAAGCGACAACAGAGGCCCGUUCGUUGGACGGCAACCCCUUCGGCCUUGCUUCUCAUUUCCACACUGGAUUUAAUAACAACAACGCCCAAGAUUUCCCGGCUGAACGUUGUGUUGAUCUUAGCUUGAUUGAUCCCCAGAUCCUAGGAACCAGCACCGGUUCACCCCAACCCCGUCGCACACGAGCUAUUCGAUCCACUGUGCUGAACACCAUGUUACCAGCAACGACAUCAACAAUGCGUGAUGAAAUCGCCGCGAUGGGAAGCUUCCAAAGCACCUCAAGCCACGAAAGCACCAGCAGCUCAAGCGCCGAUAUGAGGAGUUCCUACCCUACCCCAUCUUCGAACACUACCGCUGCCGCCUCUCCUGGCCACCCCGUCAUGCACCCCGGAAGCACCCUUCUGCCGCCCGCAGAGUUAGCCGCGCAGCACCCACUCCACCAAGUGGGCGAAAUAACCAAAUCCCACAUCCCCGCCCAGACCGAACGCUUCCUCGCCUCCAUCGAGAUCCUCACCAUGCAAAUCCGAGGCUCCAUGCUCCUCCUCCGCAGACAGCACGCGUUAGGCUUUACCAUUUACAGCCACUGCCAGGGAAUGGAGCAGGGCAUGCGCCUGCGAGUGUGGGGCGAGUAUCUCAACAGCAUGCGCUUCCACUGCAUCAAUAUCCGGGACGGCCUGAUCGCCUCACUCAAGACCCUAUGCUGGAGCUUCGCGGAGUGGAUGGGCAUUUACAAGGACGACUUGCCGCGUGGGGUUGUCCUGCGCGCUACGGGGGCGCUGAGACAGGCAAAUGAGUUGAAAGCGGCGAUUGAUCGUUUUGUCUAUCCGACCUGGGAGGAGAUGGUUGCCAAGGAUGUGGCCAGGGAGCAGCCGAUUAAUAUUUCUGCUCUCACGAUCAAUCAACUUGUUGGUGAUUUGGUGGAUGGCGGUGCUGGAGUGAUUUCGAAUAACUGA